GCUCAUUUCUUAUUUAAUUACUUGACAGACGGUCGAUUAUAUAUUUACUCUCUCUCUCUCUCUCUCUCUCUCUCUCUCUGUCGUAAUUCUUAUUUAAUUAUCUUCCUUCCCGCAUGGAAGACUUGAUGCAAGAAGCAAACGAACUCGCAAGGCCCCAAUUGACCUUAAACAAAACAAAUAAUAUCUCGUUUUCGUCCUCCCUUCUUCCACCAUCUUCCCUCUCGGUGCAUAUACUAUUCUCCCAAGCCUUCUUCCCCUGUUUUCCCUCCGCCCCCAUCCCUAUGACUCCGUCAUCAAAAAUCGAUCUCCCCACCCACUUUCCCCAUCACCUGAAGCCCUACGACUGGCAAAAGCUCAUGUCAUGGCUUCCAUGAACUCACAAAGCUUUUUAAGAAAUUUCUCAAAUCCACCGAUCUCCAAAUUUAAAAAGCUUUGACUUGAAGAAGGAAAAAAAGGAAAGAUACCGAUUUCUUCUGAAGGUGUCUGUCCUCUGUUCUUCGUCUCACAAAUUCCCCUCCUGGAACUCAAUUAAUGGAAAAUUUUGGCCUGGCUUUUUCCCUGCUUUCAUUCCUGCUGCUUUCCUCUUCUCAUUCAUCAAUCACCGCCGCCGGUGCCGCCGCCGAUGAAUCCUCUAUUCUAAUUCAGUUCAAGCAAUCCUCCGUCGACCUUGAUCCCAAGGGGUUUCUGCAGAACUGGGUUGCUGAAAGCAACGAUCCAUGUUCAUGGAGCGGAGUCCAGUGCUCGCAAUCUAAUGGCUUGGUGCAAGGGCUUAACCUCAACAGCAUGGGACUCCACGGCCGGCUUCAAAUCGACACGUUAAUGGCGUUGCCGGCGCUGCGAGACAUCAACUUCCAUGGCAACUUCUUUUAUGGAAAUCUAAAUUACAACAGCGGAACACCUCCUCCAUCCUGCAGCUUCGUCAACGUCGACCUUUCGUCAAAUAACUUCACAGAAAAGAUCUCCUCGCCGUUCCUCACAUCCUGUACCCGUCUCUCGUCGCUCAAUCUGUCGUCCAAUUCGAUUCCCGCCGGAGUUUUCCCCUUCGGUUCCUCCAUCCGGGUGCUUGACGUUUCGAAGAACAAGAUUUCUGACGAUGGAUUGCUCAACUUCUCUCUCUCCAGCUGCCAAGGCCUCACGCAUCUCAACCUAUCGGAUAAUAAGCUCGCUGGAAGGCUGAGGACUUUGUCGCCUUUGUGCGCCGGACUUGUGGUUCUCGACCUCUCCGUUAAUUCGCUCAAUGGAGAGAUUCCGGCGAAUUUCUUUUCAUCGCCGCCGGCUUCGUUGAAGCAGCUUAACCUCUCUCACAACAACCUCAGCGGUGAAUUCUCCGCCUUUGACUUCGGUGGCUGCGGAAGGAUUACAAUCCUGGAUCUUUCAUAUAACCAUCUCCAUGGCAGCGGGCUGCCGACGAGCCUACGCAGCUGCCAGCAGCUGGAGCAGCUCUCUUUCUCUGGCAAUAAUUUCACUGAUCAAAUUCCAUCCAUUUGGCAAAAUUUUACCAAUUUGAAGUAUUUGGAUUUGGGAAAUAACAAUUUUUCCGGCGAGAUCCCGGCCGGACUAGCUGGGGCGUGCGAUAACCUCGUCGAGCUCAACCUUUCCAGUAAUCACUUAACCGGCGGCCUGCCUUCGGGGUUUUCAUCGUGCUCCAAUCUUCAAAUUCUCGAUCUGAGCAGCAACAGUCUGUCGGGGAAUUUCGUCGAACAGGUUGUUGCAAAGCUGGUUUCGCUGAGGCAACUCUACCUUUCCUUCAAUAACAUCAGUGGCGAGCUGCCGGUAUCAGCGCUCGCCGGCUGCAAGCUCUUGGAAGAAAUCGAUCUCAGCUCCAAUGAGUUCACCGGCGAAAUGUCGGCUGAGUUCUGCCAAUAUCUACCUUCUCUUCAAAGGCUCCAUCUCUCUGGCAACUACAUCUCCGGCAGGGUCCCGGCCGAGCUAGGCAACUGCACUAACCUCCAGAGCAUCCAUCUCAGCUUCAACGAACUCGUCGGCGAGAUCCCAUUGCAGGUAUGGUCCCUGCCGAAACUAGUGAACAUCGUCAUGUGGGCUAACAAGCUCUCCGGCGAGAUCCCCGGCGAUCUCUGCUCUAAAAACCCUAACCUCGAGAUGCUCGUCCUCAACCUCAACGCCCUGACGGGAUCCAUCCCCGAGUCCUUUACCAAAUGCUCCAAACUCAUCUGGGUAUCUCUCGCCGGCAACCAACUCGUCGGCGAGAUCCCCUCCGAAAUAGGAAAUCUCCAGAAUCUCGCAAUCCUCCAGCUCGGAAACAAUUCCCUCUCGGGCAACAUUCCGGCGGAGCUCGGCAACUGCAAGAAUCUCAUCUGGCUAGACUUGAACAGCAACAAAUUCACCGGGCCAAUACAGUCUUCGCUGGCUUCGCAAGCGGAGCUCAUCACCGCCGGCAUCGUCUCCGGGAAGCAAUUCGCCUUCCUUCGCAACGAGGCUGGAAACAUCUGCCCCGGCGCCGGAGCCCUCUUCGAGUUCCAAGGAAUCCGACCGGAGAGGCUUGCAAGCCUCCCGAUCGUAAACUCCUGCUCCUCCACUCGAAUCUACCGAGGAACCACCUUCUACUCCUACCAGAACAACGGAAGCAUGAUUUACCUGGACCUCUCCUACAAUCAUCUCACAGGCGAAAUCCCAAGCGCCUUCGGUGCCAUGGAAUACCUCGUAGUUCUCAAUCUUGGCCACAAUUUGCUCACGGGACAUAUCCCCGACAGUUUCGGCGGCAUUAAGUUUAUCGGCGUGCUCGAUCUCUCUCACAAUAAUCUCACCGGCCCGAUACCUGGAUCUCUCGGGGACAACAGCUUUCUCAACGACCUCGAUGUUUCCAACAACAACCUCAGUGGCCCCAUCCCUACUACGGGCCAGCUCAUCACUUUCUCUGCCUCCCGCUACGCAAAUAAUCCUGGACUUUGCGGCAUCCCUCUUCCGCCAUGCCCAAAAUCUCCUGCCACUCCACGGAUUUCUAACGAUGGCCGCCAUCGGCGACCGCUCAGUGGCAGCGGCUUCAGCCUUCUCAUCGGCGUUGCGCUCUCCGUCCUCAUCCUUCUCUCCCUCGCACUCGCCCUUUUCAAAAUCAAGAAGCGUGGAAAGAAAGCAGAGGAGCUCGGCGUCAGCAUCGGCAUCGGCAUCGGCAACGGCGGCGGAGGCUACAUCGAGAGCGUCCAAACCUCCGGCAGCGGUAGCUCGAAGCUCUCCGCCAGCGAGCUGGCGCACCUCAGCAUCAACGUGGCCGCGUUCGAGAAACACUUGCGGAAGCUCACAUUCGCCCAUUUAGUCGAAGCCACCAGCAACUUCAGCGCAGAGAGCCUCAUCGGCUCCGGUGGCUUCGGCGAAGUCUACCUAGCGCGUCUCAAAGACGGCGCGGUCGUUGCUGUCAAGAAGCUCAUUCACGUCACCGGCCAGGGCGAUCGUGAGUUCACCGCUGAAAUGGAGACCAUCGGGAAGAUCAAGCACAGGAACCUCGUCCCCCUCCUCGGCUACUGUAAGGUCGGCGAUGAACGCCUCCUGGUCUACGAAUACAUGCGCUUCGGGAGCCUCGAUAUCGCUCUCCACGACAGCAAGAAGCGAGCUCCAGGCGCGCCGAGACUUGACUGGUCCGCGAGAAAGAAGAUUGCCAUCGGAUCAGCCCGCGGGCUCGCAUUCCUCCACCACAGCUGCAUCCCCCACAUAAUCCACCGCGACAUGAAGUCCAGCAACGUUCUCCUCGACGAGAAUCUGGAAGCCCGCGUCUCCGAUUUCGGCAUGGCCCGUUUAAUGAACGCACUCGACACGCAUCUCAGCGUGAGCACGCUCGCCGGAACACCCGGCUAUGUUCCGCCGGAGUAUUACCAGAGCUUCCGCUGCACGACAAAGGGUGACGUCUACAGUUACGGCGUGGUUCUGCUGGAGCUCCUUUCAGGGAAGAAACCCAUCGAUACCAUGGAUUUUGGGGACACCAAUCUUGUGGGUUGGGCCAAGCAGCUGGUGAAGGAGAACAAGAGUGGGGACAUUUUUGAUCCGGAGUUGGUUCAGGCUAACAAGCCAGGGGACGUCGAUGAGCUCCAGAAGUAUUUGAAGAUAGCAUUUCAGUGCCUGGAAGACCGGCCGCACCGGCGACCUACAAUGAUUCAGGUGAUGGCCAUGUUCAAGGAGCUUCAGAUGGAAACCGGUGGGAGCGGCAGCGAUGUGCUCGACGGCCUUUCGAUCAGAAGAUCAGUGAUUGAGGAAUCGACAUAGCAACAGGGAAGAACGACAUAGAUAUUUCUUUGUUCUUGUGAUUUUUUUGUUGGAGCAUUUUGAUUACUGUAAAUACAACAGAGAAGAUUGUGCAGAUUGUCCAGAUUUGAGAGAAGUGUGCUCUUACUCUCUUUUCCUUCUCAAAGAAAUCAAUCAUAUAUUUA